CAGAGGAAGUGGUGACGCAUAGUGUUCACAGGUUACUUUCGGUUUGUAUGAUUUUAGAAGUUAAACCAGAUAAAGUCCUGAUAUCCCCACGGAGAAAGAAGGUUCACCUGUUCAGGCAGGAGAUGGAGUUUCAGCAGAUGCUGUUGACAGUGCAGGAGUCUCUCAGUGGAGAUGAGGUGCAGGACCUGGUGUUCCUGUGCUCCGAUCUGCUCAGUCUAAAAUACCUCAGUGCUGUGUCCACAGCCAGCGAGCUGUUCGUUCUGCUUGAGACCAGAGAUCUGCUGUCACCCGAGGAUCCAUCUCUGCUCCUAGAGCUGCUCAAGAUCACGAAACGUCACGGCCUGAUCCGGAACCUGUGCUUAGAUGCACAUAUGCAAACUAGAGGUCAGAUCUCCUCCUACAGACAGUUGUUGUUUGAGCUGUCAGAGUCCAUCACUGGCGAGGACCUGAAAAACAUAAAAUUCCUGCUGAUUAAAACACUACCACGCAAAAAACUGGAGCAGGACAUAACGCUGUUGCAACUGUUUGUGGAGCUAGAAAAGGAAGACCUUUUGAAUGAAAAUAAUUUGGACCUUCUGCAGGGAAUGAUAGGAAAAAUCAAUCCUUCUUUAGAAAAAAUCAUUAUUCUUUAUAAAACAAAGAAUAGUGAAAUGUUCCAUGCGCAGGAGACUGGGAAUAUUUCUUCUUCAGCUGAGGCAGAAUGGAACAACACAAUGCCCUCACCACUGACAUCUCACUCAUCAGUUGAUAUAAUGGGGGAGCAGGUGGAUAGACUUUUCCUGACUGAAGCUGCUGAGUCUAUUGCAGAUCAGAGCCAGCAUCUGGAAUUCAACUCAGAGAUUGAAAAUGAGUCAGUUACUGAGAAUCUAGAGAUCCAGAAGUAUGAGAUGGAGGGUGACUGGAGAGGAUUCUGUGUAAUCAUCAAUAAUUAUGAUUUCAAUGCAUGCGACUUGCCGGAAAGAAAAGGAACAGACAUCGAUCAAAAGACGUUAGUGGCUGUGUUCAAGUGGUUGGGAUUUGAUGUCCUGACCAAACAGGACUGCAGUCGAGAGCAAAUACUUAAGGUGCUAAUCGACCUGGGCCAUCGUGACCACUCUCGGGCAGAUUGUGUGGUGUGCUGUGUGCUCAGCCAUGGACGUGUGGAUGGUGUAGUUGGGGUUGAUGGACAGAUUGUCACCUUUAAGGAGCUGAUGAAUCCUCUGCAGUGCCCUACUCUCUACCAGAAACCCAAGCUCUUUUUCAUCCAGGCCUGCAGGGGCACAAGUCGUCAGAGUGCUGUGGGUCCGCAGACCAACAGAGCUGAUGACAUGACAGUCAGUGAUGCAGCUGUGUCCAGUGACACCAUACCUGAGGCUGCAGACUACCUGUUAGCCAUGUCCACUGUACCUCACCAUGUCUCCUACAGGGACCCAAACAUAGGAACCUGGUUCAUACAGUCACUCUGCUCUAACCUGCAACAGCUGGUGCCAAGGGGUUAUGAUCUGCUGUCCAUUCUGACUAAGGUGAACUUUGAUGUGAGCAGAAAGACAUGCAAAUAUGACGUGAAAAAGCAGAUGCCACAACCAGAGUUCACCCUCACAAAGAGAGUUGUUUUCCCUGUGCCAAAAACCUGUCCACCCCUUCAAUAAUGCCAUGCUGCACUCCACUCUUGACUCAUACAGUGUACUAGUGUGUGUGUAUGUACUCUCACAAACACCAGGAUGUGCUAAAAAUGUUUACAUGUUCUGAUGAUGAUUGUAAUUGUUUGAUUUAUGUGUUUAAAGUCAGGGAAAAGAAGACAGACAGUACUGUAUGCCUAUAUGGUAGUUUACACAGUUUUUGUUGCAUUUAUUAAAGUAUUGUUAAUUGUUAAUUAUGUUAACUAAUGUAGUUAUGUAAGGGAUAAUGUACAGUCAGCUGGUUGUUAUCACACAAUAAACCCCCACAGGGUGAUCAGGACUCCGAUGCGAAGCGGUCAUCUCUUGUAUCACCCUGAAGGUUCAUUGUGCAAUAAACACAGACUGACUGUACAUUAUUCCACUUAUUACAAGGCUAUUAUCCAAAUAAAUAAACAAAUACAUGGAAAUAAAAUAUGGAUUUGAAAUUAUGUAAUUUGAGAAGAAAUAAAUCACUGAAAAUCUGAAAUCAGUUCUGUUGGGGUUUACUUUGUAAUGACCGUCUGACUCCUCAAUGUUCAGCCUAUGACUAGACUACUUUCCA